AUGGAUCAACAUGUAACUACUGGAGCGUUUGUUCCAACAACGGAUAGGUUCACUGUAGAUGUUUUGAACACCAGUGAGAUUGAAAAGGUUAUGACUAAGUGGAUUAGAAAUGUAAAAAGGAUCACCGACCCAAUCACAGAAAGAAACAAUGAAGACAGAAACAUGGAUAGAGGUUUUCUGAUUUCUGUUCACCUUCGAAAAAUAAUCGAAAUAAUUGAAGAAAAAACAAUCACCAGAAACAUAAUUGCUUCUUUUAAAUUAGGAGGAGUUGUUAUACGAAUGAUCGACAAUAGAAUGAGAAUUUAUAUCAGUAUUAACGAUGCACCAGUUUUCAUGAACGAGUAUCAUAU